CUGGAUGUUUUGUAGCUCCUAAAGAAAUACGGCUUUUUGAGCCCUUCAUCUCCUCACGCAGGUGGUGGUGACGGCGGGAGUAGUGAAUGACACAGCUUUGCCGGAUGACACGGAGCUGAUCUCUGCAUCAGCCAAGAGGAAUUAAGCUUUGUCACUCCCCGCCGGGGCUACCUUUUGCCUGGUAUGUGCGGGAGGAGGAAUUCACAGGCUGCUGCUGCAUUCACCCGAGCAGAGCCCCGAGCGUGCUUUGCCAGGGGAGGCAGGCAGCCAGAAUGAUAGCUGUCUCUUUUAAAUGCCGCUGUCAGAUCCUGAGGAGACUUGCUAAAGAUGAGAGUCCUUACACAAAAUCUGCAAACCAGGCAAAGGCACCUGAUGGAGCACUGUCUGUGAGGAGACAGAGUAUUCCAGAGGAAUUCAAGGGCUCAACAAUAGUUGAAUUAAUGAAAAAAGAAGGCACCACCCUAGGGCUCACAGUAUCGGGUGGUAUCGACAAGGAUGGGAAACCAAGAGUAUCUAACCUUCGUCAAGGAGGAAUUGCUGCUAGGAGCGACCAGUUGGAUGUAGGGGACUACAUCAAAUCUGUGAAUGGAAUCAACCUGACCAAAUUUCGCCACGAUGAGAUCAUCAGCCUGCUCAAAAAUGUUGGUGAAAGGGUUGUGUUAGAAGUGGAGUAUGAGCUGCCUCCAGUCUCUGUACAAGGAUCAGGUCUCAUCUUUAGAACUGUGGAAGUUACUUUACAUAAAGAGGGGAACACUUUUGGAUUUGUAAUAAGAGGUGGAGCACACGAUGACAGAAAUAAAUCUCGUCCUGUUGUAAUAACAUGUGUCAGACCUGGAGGGCCUGCUGACAGAGAGGGCACAAUCAAACCUGGGGACAGGCUGCUGAGUGUUGAUGGGAUCCGACUGUUGGGAACAACACAUGCUGAGGCCAUGAGUAUUCUCAAACAAUGCGGACAGGAGGCGACUCUGCUGGUCGAAUAUGAUGUCUCAGUGAUGGAUUCAGUAGCAACAGCUUCUGGGCCACUGCUAGUUGAAGUUGCCAAAACUCCUGGUGCUGCUCUUGGGGUUGCACUAACUACCUCGAUGUGCUGCAACAAACAGGUCAUUGUCAUAGACAAAAUCAAAUCUGCAAGUAUUGCAGACAGAUGUGGUGCAUUACAUGUAGGAGACCAUAUUCUGUCCAUUGAUGGCACCAGCAUGGAGUACUGUACGCUGGCGGAAGCAACGCAGUUUUUGGCUAAUGCAGCGGAUAAUGUCAAACUGGAGAUCCUUCCCCACCACCAGACACGGCUAGCACUGAAAGGCCCAGAGCACGCAGCUCUGGUGUCUUCAUCCUUCUCUCCUACCUCCAUGAGUGCAUACAGCCUGAGUUCCCUGAACAUGGGGACCUUACCUCGCAGCCUCUACUCCACCAGCCCACGGGGGACAAUGAUGAGGCGGAGGAUGAAAAAGAAGGACUUCAAAAGCUCCUUGUCUUUAGCCUCUAGCACUGUUGGUUUGGCUGGGCAGGUCGUGCACACAGAAACCACAGAAGUAGUGCUGACAGCUGACCCCAUAGUAGGGUUUGGGAUACAGCUCCAGGGUAGUGUGUUCGCUACCGAGACCUUGUCUUCUCCACCUCUCAUUUCCUACAUUGAGGCUGACAGUCCUGCGGAAAGGUGUGGGGUGCUGCAAAUUGGAGACAGAAUAGUGUCAAUAAAUGGUAUCCCAACAGAAGACAGCACAUUUGAUGAGGCCAAUCAACUGCUCAGAGACUCCUCUAUCACCAACAAGGUCACUUUGGAAAUAGAAUUUGAUGUUGCAGAAUCAGUUAUACCAAGCAGUGGAACAUUUCAUGUAAAACUACCAAAGAAGCAUAAUGUGGAACUUGGCAUCACCAUAAGUUCUCCAUCAAGUAGAAAACCAGGGGACCCCCUGGUUAUUUCUGAUAUCAAGAAAGGAAGUGUUGCUCACAGAACUGGGACACUCGAACUGGGUGAUAAGUUGCUGGCAAUAGAUAAUAUUCGACUUGACAACUGCUCAAUGGAAGAUGCUGUCCAGAUCCUUCAGCACUGUGAGGACCUUGUAAAGUUAAAGAUCCGCAAAGAUGAAGAUAAUUCCGAUGAACAGGAGAGCUCUGGAGCAAUUAUUUAUACUGUUGAGCUAAAGCGCUAUGGUGGGCCCCUUGGAAUUACAAUCUCUGGUACUGAAGAGCCCUUUGAUCCCAUAAUCAUUUCCAGCCUUACAAAAGGAGGAUUAGCUGAAAGGACUGGGGCAAUUCACAUAGGAGACAGAAUUCUAGCAAUAAAUAGUAGCAGUCUGAAAGGAAAACCUUUGAGUGAAGCCAUUCAUUUAUUACAGAUGGCAGGAGAAACUGUCACCUUGAAAAUCAAGAAGCAAACAGAUGCUACCAGUCCCAAGAAAUUUUCUGUGCCUGUGGGUCACGUGAGUGAACUGAGCGAUGCUGAAGAUGAAAGCUCUGCUGCACAGAAAUCUGGCAAGCUCUCGGACAUCUAUUCCACUACAGUCCCAAGUGUUGACAGCGCAGUGGAGUCAUGGGAUGGCUCUGGUAUUGACACCAGCUUUGGAAAUCAAGGACACACCUAUCAGGCUUCAGGAUACAACUUCAAUGCCUAUGAAUGGAGGAGUCCCAAGCAGGCCAGUUUGUCCCCGCCAGGCAAACCUCGGAAUCAGGCAUUCCACGAUGCAGGGCUGAGCGACGACGAAUGGGAUCGACCUGCAGCAAGCACCACAGCUUCCAAGAAUAUGUGGCAACAGAAGGAGACUGAGACAUUGGGAGAGAAUCAAGAAAACCAUUUAAAGCAAACAUCUGUAGAAAGAUCAGGUGGAGAGAGCAUCAGGAGUGUGAAGAAAGAGGGAAAGAUGUGGAAAGGUGCCUCUGGAGGGCAAAGGAAAGGUGGGGGACAGCUGGAAGAGUGGAAUACUUCCAGCUUCACAGGUCCCCAUGAUAACACCGAGGCUGACCAGGAGGAAAAUUUCUGGUCUCAGGCUCUGGAGGAUUUAGAGACCUGUGGCCAGUCAGGAAUUCUGAGGGAACUAGAGGACAAGGCUGACAGGCGUCUGUGUUUGAGAAACAUGACUCUCUUGGCCACAAUCAUGUCAGGAAGUACAAUGAGUUUGAAUCAUGAAAACCCACAACCUCGUAACCAGCUGGGAAGACAAGCCAGCUUCCAGGAAAGAAGUUCUGUAAGGCCACAUUACAGUCAAGCUACUCGUAGCAACACAUUGCCUUCAGAUGUGGGGAGAAAGUCCAUGGUUCUGAGAAAAUUUAAGCAAGAAAUGAAAGAAAUCAUGUCACCAACUCCCGUGGAGUUACACAAGGUAACUUUGUACAAGGACUCUGAUGGAGAAGACUUUGGGUUCAGUGUCUCAGAUGGUUUAUUGGAAAAAGGAGUGUACGUUAAAAACAUUAGACCAGCGGGCCCUGGUGAUCUGGGAGGUUUAAAACCAUAUGACAGACUUUUACAGGUAAACCACGUUCGCACCAGAGACUUUGACUGCUGUUUGGUUGUGCCCCUCAUCGCAGAAUCUGGCAAUAAGCUGGAACUGGUCAUUAGCAGAAACCCACUGGCAUCUCAGAAAGGAAGCUCAGAACACCCUUCAGGGAGUGGGGAGUGGAGCGACCCGAAUGCUGCCUUCCUUCAGCAGAGCGGACACAGCAGCGUUAGCACGGAGACACGGGAUCCUACAAAUACGUUAUAGCCGAAACCAUUGGAGCGGGACGUUCGGUAACAAAAGACAAUUAUGGUGCUAAAUCCAUUCAAGAGUUCUCUGAGAUUGAGGCUCAGAUGCUGUACAGCACUGAAAAGCACAGGAGGUCAGUUGGUCUGUCUCAAGGCUUCUAUUAAUCCACGGUUACUUUGGAAAUAGUUUCAUUCUUCAUUAAGCCAAGUCACUCCAUUCUAAACAAUCUAGGAUUAGUAACAGUAAAAAAUUACGUAAGGGCCUUUUUUUUCCCCAAAUAAGAAACUGGGGAGAUGUUUUAAAUAUGCUCUAAAUGUUCUUCUCCCUUCAGCAGCAGCAGCAGCAGCUGUUAGAGGGAAAAACAUGAGUUAACCUCUGCUAACAAACAGUAGUGUCCAGGUUACGCAGUUUUUAAAAAUCAUUUUAUCAGGAAGGUGGUGCUGUCUGUUGGACAAGGCAGAGUGGUUCACUGCACUUGGUUUUCCUGGGAAAUGGCUACAUUUCUGAUUUUGAAAACCUUUAUUCGCUGGCGAGAAGGGUGCACUCAUUAGACAAAGCAGGGUGUAGAUGUUAUAACAAAAUGCUUGCAGGAAGCUGCAGUUUGCAUUGAACAUUACUCCCCACUUCAGCAAAUUUGGUUAGAACAUAUGUUAUUCCCUAUGCAAUGAAAUAUUUAAUGGUAUGUCUUGCAACCUGUGGGGAUUUUUAAGCAGACUUUUUUAGUGGGAUAAAACCUCUGAGGGGGGAUUACUGGAAAGAGUGAAACUGAAAGGAGUUCAGACAAAUUAGAAAGGUUUUUUUAAAAGAAAAUGGCUUUUUUAAAAUUCUGUCAGUGGAGAUUGAUACAGAAGCUCUUUAAUGAUCCAUAAACCUGUAAAACUUGUACUGUCACACAUGAGCUUUUUAAGUCAAUCAGUUUCUUGAAGGAAGAAAGGUCCUAUUUAAUAUGCUUUGUUUUCAGCCUUCUUUAUGAUAAACAUUACCCCCUGCAACACAUUUUUAGAAUUUAAAAUUGUAAAUAUAUUUUACAAACACAUCACACAAAUUGUCUCCUCUCCCUUCUUCCCCCAAGCAAUAAAAGACUGCCAGUUGCUUUAUAUGUUCACCAGCAGCUGCAUUGGUUUAUUCUGGUAUUCAAGUUGUUAUUGGUAAUUAUUGUUAUUGGUGAAUAUAAAGAUACUGGAUUUGUACAUUUGUAGAGUCUCCAUAUCUAAGCAAUCACCUUACAGAGUUGUUUCUGGUCAAUUUAAACUGUUUAAUGUAUCCCUGUUGCUGUUUCCAAUACAUAAACAAGCUCACCUGCCCUGCACACACAAGCAUCUCUGAUUUCUAUUUCAGCACUGCCAGAAAAGGUCAGAAUGACACUCAAGGCUGAAUCAUGU